UAUGCAUUCCGCCCGCCCCUUACACAUAUCUGCUUCAUCCUAUUAGCUGGAGCGCAGAAUAUGCAAAUGAGCUCAUGAAUAUGUAUGAGCACACAGGUCGCGUUGCCUUGGCGCUCGAGCUGUGAGAAUGCACUCUUCUCUUCUGGCUGAGCGCGAGACGCACCACAGCUCAACAUAUCUCUCAUAAACUUUAUGGGAAAAGCACACACACACACACACACACAAACUAAUUUAAGAGCAUAAAACGUUUUAAAAUAUAUAUUUUAAACAGAGUAUGACCACAGCUUGUGUUUCUUCAUGGAUCUAGUGGAGCUUUAUCAGCGCGACUUCCUGGAUAUGAUGCCCAUCAGCGGUCAUCAUCAAGCCUUCAUCAAGGCCGAGCCCGCGAGCCCCGCCUCCCUGAUGCAGCACAGUCCUGAAGGAUCGUCGUCGGACAGCUACGGCUCCGUAACGAGGGGUGACCGUGGGGGCGUGGCCUCACCAGGUUCAUAUCUUACCCCAGGGGCGGGGCUUAGGCCUGGUUCGGUUCCCGAGCUGCAGGUGAAGAGUGAGUUUGAAGGGAGCUCGGGGCCCAAGCGCCUGUGUUUGGUGUGUGGAGACGUCGCGUCCGGGUUUCAUUACGGCGUGGCGUCCUGCGAGGCCUGCAAAGCCUUCUUCAAACGCACUAUUCAAGGCAGUAUUGAAUACACGUGUCCAGCGAGCAGUGAGUGUGAGAUUACUAAGAGGAGGAGGAAAUCCUGUCAGGCCUGCCGCUUCACCAAGUGCAUCUCAGUGGGCAUGCUGCGAGAGGGUGUGCGCCUAGACAGAGUUCGAGGAGGCCGUCAGAAAUACAAACGCACCAUAAACUCAGACAACUCUUACCUCAACAUGCAGUUACCACAAACACACAAGAGAACACGCACAGAGUCCUACAACAUCGAGAACAAGGUGGUGUCUCACCUGUUGGGGGCGGAGCCAGAGAAGGUGUACGCCAUGCCUGACCCCGCCCUCCCUGACGACGACAUCAAAGCUUUGACUACACUGUGUGAUCUCGCAGAUCGAGAACUGGUGCUUAACAUUGGCUGGGCCAAACACCUUCCAGGUUUCUCCAGUCUCUCUUUGCCAGACCAGAUGCGUCUCCUGCAGAGUGCAUGGAUGGAGAUCCUGAUCCUGCGUGUGGUCUUCCGGUCGCUGGACGCUCGGGACAGCCUGGUGUUCGCCGAGGACUACGUGAUGGAUGCCGAGCAGGCGAGGCGAACCGGUUUGCUCGAGCUCCACACGGCCAUACUGCAGCUCGUCAGGAAGUACAGAGCCAUGGGCCUCGAGAGGGAGGAGUUCGUCACGCUCAAGGCCAUUGCGCUCGCCAACUCAGACUCCAUGCACAUCGAGGACAUCGCGGCAGUCCAAAGGCUGCAGGACUGCGUGCACGAAGCGCUGCAGGACUACGAACAGCGUCGCCACGGUGACGACCCGCGCAGGGCGGGCAAACUGAUCAUGACCCUCCCCCUGCUGCGCCAGACCUCGGCCAAGGCCGUGCAGUACUUCUGCAGCAUCAAGCAGGACGGCCGCGUGCCCAUGCACAAACUCUUCCUGGAGCUGCUGGAGGCCAACACCCAGCCCUCGCCCUGAUUGGACCACAGCUCUGAGCUGACCCCGCCCUCGCCGGAGCGCUUUACAAAGGCCACGAAGAAUGUAAACUAAAAGGUUGAUAGUAGAGGAACAGAAGAAGAUUGUAUAAAUGAUUGUAAACAUAAACGGAAUGAUUUAUCGAAGAAACCACACCUGAGACUUGAGACACCACGUUGCUGUCACUGCUGCGCUAAUUUAAGAUGACUUUUCUUUUUCUUUUUUUACACUGGUGCUUUAAUAUGAAGAGAACGAGACGAUGAUAGAUACGGGAUGUCGGGCUUGCCAAAGAAAAGGGAACUCAUCUCUGACGAGGAAAGCUUUGACUUUUGAACUAGCAGGAAACUCAUCAAACAUGAAAAUACUGUCCACAAUAAAAGACGUGUUAUUUAUGAGAAUGUAAUAAGUAUCGACAGGAGACGGGGCAGGUGUUGCUGCUAAUCAUUGUAUUUGUUGAUGGUUCAUGAUUGUGUUGUCGAAAUCGAUAUUGAAGAUCUUUUUUUUUUCUGUGUUGCAAAUUUAAACCAGAUUCCAAGGUUGUACUGCUGAGCUAAAAUCUCACCACCAAGCAUACAAAGAAAGGAAGUAAGGAAUUGUAGGAUGAUUUGAGCUCCCUUGCAAUAAUAGUUUCUGAGGAAGAGCUUAAAUAAAAACCCUAAUGUUUUGUAGUCUCAGAUCACGUUUUAUUAAUUUAUUUUAAAAAGAAGUACUCAUAAGAUGGUUCUGUGACGGCCCUGAGAUUCGAGUUCGUGACCGUGGGCUCACUAAGGGCCGUAUUCGGAGUAGGCGACUUCCGUCUGAAUGUUGCAUCGAUAAAGUUACAAGUAUUCAGACUCGGCUUACGCGGCUAGUUAAGUCAAUUUUCUUCCAAGGUCGCAAGAUUCUUCUUGAGUAAUAGUGUCCGAGACGACGUACUGCAAUAGUGCCUUUAAACACAAGCCCUUGCCUUUAAACCAGAAUCAGAAAGUCCGGAAUUAAGAAGCAAGUAGAGGUUGUCAUUGCUGUCAAAUGUAAUAUGAUGCAACAACAACAACAAAAAAACAGGAGACGGUAUGAAAAAGAUCAAUUAAAAAGGCUAAUACGAUGAGAAGAUGGUGAGCAUUGAA